AUUCACUCCAGGUAUGAACAACAUUCUUCGAUUUGUUACUGUUUUUGUGCAUUUCUGUGUUCGAUUUUGUGUUGAUUUAUCAUUCCAGCAGUGUAUUUGUUCGAUUUGAUCUGUGGGUUUUGUGGGUGUGGACUCCAGGUACCAUUUCUCUGUCUCUACUCUUCUUGGUCUGUGGUUGUUGGAACGAGAAGAAAGGCUGGAAGAGUUUUGUGGCGAUUUGGUGCUUUGGUCGAUUUCAGUUGGAUUCACUCAGCUAUGGCUACUAACGAUGUGGAAGUAGUGGAAGUGGAAAGGCCUACAAAGCAAAAACGUAGGAGUUGGAGGAAAAGGGAGGAGGAUGCACUAAUGAAGUGCAUGCUCAAUGAAGCAGCACAAAAGUGGAAGGCCGAUAAUGGCUUCAAAACGGGUUACUUCACCCAUUUGGAGAAGGAGUUAGAGAAAGUGCUCCCGGGUUGCAACCUUAAGGCAAACCCCCACAUUGACUCUAAGGUGAGGUAUUGGAAAUGCGUAUGGGCUAGAAUUGUAGACAUUACAAACCUAAGUGGUUACGGGUGGGAUGCGGUCAACAAACGCAUCGACGUGGACCAAGUUGUAUGGGAUGCGUAUGAAAAGGCCUAUCCUAAAAAGGCCCAAGGCUUGUAUGGGAAGUCUUUCCCGUACUUUGAAGAUUGGCAAACCAUAUUUGGCAAGGAUAGGGCUACGGGGGCAGCCGCCGAAGAUUAUGACGAAAUGGCGCGGCCGGAUAUUCCCAAUGAAAGUGUGGAGCCACACAACUCUACUGACUUUUACGAUGCCCUAUUCGAUAACUACGAUCAACAUCUCCCCAAUACUCCUACAACUCCCGUAACUCCUACAACUCCCGUAACUCCCACACCUCAUUCGUCACUCCCCACGUCCACUCCCCAUGGGUCAAUGCCGGCGGCCAAUGCUGGAGUCCCAAACAAGAGAAAGAGGACAAGAAUGGGUGAUGCAGAGUUGCCCAUCCAUGCGAGCAUGGACAAUUUCUUCAAGUCAAGUACUACCUAUAUGGAGAAGAUGGCCAAUUCGUUUGGCUAUGACAAAGAGUUAUCCGCCCGACGCACGAUGGUGAAAGAUGAGUUGUCGAAGCUUGAUAUCACCUUGACAGAGAAGUUCAAGCUAAGUGCAGUAAUCGUGCAAGCGGAAGAGAGGGUGGAUGACUUCUAUGGGACUAAGCCCGAGGAGAGGCAAGCUUUUGUGGAGGCCAUCCUUGCCGGUGAAGUGUAUGGUCCCAUCUAGUGGCAUUGAGGAAUGAAUGCCUUUUUGAAGUGGCUAAAGUACCAUUAUAAGCAAGAAUGGUACUUUACCCACUUUUUUUGUAGUGGCAUAAUUAGGAAGCCUUUUGUUAAUCCCUAAUGAACAUUUGCUGCCU